AUUACACAAUCAAAAAGUCUCCCCAACUUCCCCCCGCCUCCAUUCAUCCAUAAAUUAUCGAAGGUCCGACCAAAACCCAAAUUUGAACUAAUUUAUUAUUUUAAAUUUUUUAGAUCUUUUAUUAUGGCUAUAAAAUUUCAAACACCAUCCAAAAGCCCUAAUUUUUUUUAAAAAUAAAUUAUUUAGCCAGAAGAAAAAAUGAUGGUAGAAAUUUUAGAUUUAGAAAUAUUGACGUUUAGGAGAGAAAAUAAUCUGAGAUUUUUAAAUACUCCUUUAUAUUAUUAAUUUAUUUAUUAUAAUGAAUGAAAAAGAGAAAUACGACGAGACGAUGUCGUCCAAUAAUGAAACUUUACGGACGAAAAUGCCGGAAAAUGAAGGAGAACAAACGUGGGGAGUAUUAGAGGAGUUGUUGUUGGUGUGUGCCGUUAAUCGCCAUGGGACAGAUAGUUGGGAGUCCAUAGCUAAAGAACUCCAAAAACGUAUUAAACACUCUUCUUCUCACAACGAGGAUAAAUAUGAAAAUUUUGAUGUUAAUUCUGGUUUUUCGUCUAAGAACUGCAAGGAAAAGUACGUCCACUUAAAGCGCCGCUUUCAUGACGACGAAGACGACGACGAUGGUGUGUUGCGUAUGGUGGAGGAAUUACGAAAGCUUCGCGUUGAAGAACUUAAGCGUGAAGUUCAUCGUCAUGAUGUUUCGAUCGUGUCGUUGCAAUCGAAAGUGAAGAGAUUAAAGGAGGAGAGGGAGAAUAACAGUAAGGUAAAAGAAGAACAAGCAGAUCUGAAGAUUGAACCGGUGGAAAAUAUUAGAGAAAAACACGAGGAAGAAUUUGAAAGAUCUUCGCAAGAAAAAGUUAUUACCGGUGACUCGGCUGAGAACCGGUCGUGGAACGAGUCGAACUCGACAAGCCACCACCACCACCACGACGAUGACGUCAAAACCGACACGACCCAAGCGGUUACAGAGGAGAGAAAAUCAAAAUUGAAGCGUGAAUCGGACGAGCCAGAUCCGGUUCAACUAGAGAAGAAAUCGUUUAGAGAAGGGAAGGUGAGUCGACUCACUGAGUCAUUAUCCGAGUCGAGAAGAGGUGAAAGUUUGAAGCAACAGAGUAGUGACGUUCAAAGCUGCGCAAGUUUGUCGAAGAUAAAACGAUGUCGUUUCGGUAGGGGAGGAGGAGAUAAUAGUACUGAUGAGUUUGAGGCAGAGGAGCUUUCUCCCGCUAAUAAGCGGAUCAACGCAAAAUCUCAACCAUUGAUUCGUUUUCUGGAGAUCCUCAGGUCACAUAAACACGGCUCUGUUUUUCAGCGUCGAAUUCCUAGUCAGGAAACUGAAAAGUACCGAAAUGUGAUCCGUCAACACAUGGAUCUGGAUACGGUUCAAUCCCGACUUGAUAAAGGUAUUUACAGCGAUUGUCAUCCCAAGUUUUACCGUGAUCUUCUUCUCAUUUUCACCAAUGCAGUUCUUUUUUACCGUAAAAGCUCUGCAGAGCAUUUAGCUGCAAGAGAAUUGCGAAGAUUUGUAAUCGAUGAAAUUACCCGGAAAAACCCUAAACCCAAAAUUCAACCAAGGAAACCCGACCCAGAUCCACAGCAGCUUGAACCCGUAGUUAAGAAACCUAGAUCCACUACCAUGGUUGUCUGCCGGAGGCGGAUCUCCGGCUCAAUCCAAGCAUUGUCUGAUAGUCUAAAGAAGGGGGAUUCAAACGAUGUUACUAAUACUAGUACGAAUAAUUUUAGUAAGAGUAAUAGUAGUAGUAAAUUGGAGAAUAAUGGUCGCGAAGAGAAGAUAACGCAUGAUCAUGUUCAAAAGAAAUCGAAUAAUAAUGGUGAUAAUGGUCAUGCCGAUGGAAAUUUGAAGAAAUCGAAUUUGGUUAAUGGAGGUUUGAGGUUGAGUAAUAAUAACGAUAAGAAGGUAAUUAGCAAAAAUUUGAGGGAUCAAAAACAAGAGAAAAAUAGUUCUUCAAGUCUUUUGAAGAAACAGGGGGUGGCUAAUUUUUUAAAAAGAAUGAAGCAAAAUUCGCCUGUAAGUCAAGAAAAGAUGAAGAAUAAUGAGGAGGAAGAUGAGGAGGAGAAAAAUGGUGGUAAUGGAAAUGGUAAGAAGACAAGUGGGAGUGGGACCCACAGGAGAAAUGUUAAAGAGGAGGCUGAAGUUUGUGUGACAAGGAGGAGGAGUAGUGGUAGGAAAGGAGAAAAAGAUUCGACGGAUGAAGCUUCUAGAAGAGCCAUUGGUAGACCUCCUAAAAGAAAGGCAGCAAUGGUGAGUGGUGGAAUAACGGUUUCCAGUAAAGGAGGAAGAAGUGGUGGUGAAAAGGUUAAGAAAAAACCUAGGAGGUAAAAUUUGAUCGCAAAUUCUUGUAUGUGGCGGUUUUUCAGUGAGACGCAUUUUAUAUAUGGGCUAAUAUGGCUUGUUUUGAGGUUGCAUUGUAAGAAUAGCUCAAAUUUGAUUAGAUUGUUGUAUAUCAAGGGCAUGCUUUUUUUUUGAAUUGUAUUUUAAUGUUUUUCUAGCUUUGUAGCAUACAUUAAGGGAUGAAGAGGGGUCUUCAUUGGGUUUGUAUUUUGUAGUUGAAUAGAAUGAAAAAGAACAUAGUUAUAGUUGUGGUUGCA